GGAAGAAGAGGAGGAGGAUUUGAUAAGCUGGGCUGACCAAUGCCCUACCUCUCUUGCCCCUGAGCUCACUGCCUGUGUCUCUCCCUCCUUCACAAGAGACUCCAUCUGGCCAGGGUAGUGAGAGAAGAGUGUCCCAGAAGCCCCUGCUUUGUGCUCAGCUCCAGCGCCUCUGUCCAAGGUCCUCUGGAAGCCCUAUCUUUGAGGGAGGAAAAAAGCAAGGAAGGCAGAGUGGGAGGAGCAGAGAUGAGUUGGAGAAGGCCUGCCCCCAGGUGUGUACCUGGGCCAGCUCGGUCAGGCAGCUGAUACAAAGGGACAGAGAACAGCGGGAAGCACCUGACAAGAGCAGGGGCUAAUUAGCCAGGGAGCCACCGACGCCAGAGCUUGUUUCUUCAUCAGAAACCCUUUCAGCAGGAAGCAGAGGCAUAAAAAUGGAAAAAGUAAAAACUGUGGAAAUGCUUCAGAACCGAUACCAAAAUGAAGAGAGAAUUUAUGCCAUUCCGAGAUCCAACAAGCUGCAGGCUGCAUAUAAUUCUGGCACUGACCACCAAGUUUCGACUGACAGAAACUCAGACUCAUUUACUUAUAAGAACUUAGACAAAUUACCACUUUGUCCCAAUGGCAAUUCACAAUCAUCUGACCCUUUUAAAAUCCAAACAGAAAAGACCAGUGAGGAAGAGAAAUGUUCCACAUUCUCUGAAGUUUCAGGGAAGAAUGUAUUUCCUCCAAAAUAUUCUAUGCAGGAUGUACUUAUUGCCGACAAAGGCCAGUCACCUCAAAAGACAAUCAAAACAGAGGAGGUAAAGCUGAAAAAUUACUUUAGGAACACCCUGGACAAUUGGGAGAAAGCAGUGACUCAACACAGUGGGACACAGGUUGCAACAUCCCUUGCAAAGUAUUCAAAUAAAUCCUUCCCUCAGGAAAGCCAAAACAGUGCUGUAGGAAAUACCCCAGAAAGCCAAAAAACAAAACCUAGGAGAAAUCCAAAAUGGACAUUACCUUCCCAGAAGCACAUGAUUAUUCAUGGACUAAUAGUCGCCUCUUUCAAGGAACCUUCUGAAACCUCUUCUCCUUCCAGUGACAGGAACCCAGGGUCAAAACCUAAGUCUUUCAAAGAGACUUCCAAGAUUCCUUCUUUCUCUGCUGAUAAAAGUCCAAAAACCACAGUGACAUCUUUCAAAGAGACAGCUGAGAUUCCUUCAUCAUCCAGUGACAAAAACCCAAGGGCAAAACUGGUUUCUUUUAAAAAAUCAUCUGAGAUUUCUUCUUCCUUCAGAGACAAAAGAGCAAAGAAACCACAGGUGUCUGCCAAAAAGUCUUCUGAGAUUCCUUAUUCAUCCAGGGACCGGAGACCGGGGAAAACUUUGGCCAGUUUCAAAGAGACCUCUCCGAUUCCUUCAUCACCUAGGGACAAGAGAGCAGGGAAAACAAUGGCUACUUCCAGGGAGUUCUAUGAGAUUCUUUCUUCGUCUAGGGACAGGAGAUUUGGGAAAACACUAUCAUCUCCCAAAGCACACUCUGAGAUCCCUUCUUCCCAAAGUGGUAGAAAACCAGGAAUAACACUGGUAUCAUUUAAAGAAUCUUCAGAUACUAUUUCUCCAUCCAUUGACAAGAGACCAAACACAACACUUGACUCUUUCAAAGAGGGCUGUGAACUUCCUUCUAACACAAGUCAAGUGAGCGCACUGGGCUCUUUUACAGAAUAUUAUAAGGUUCUUCCUUUGCCCAGAGACAAGCAGUCAGGGAAAACAAUGGAAUCUUCCACAAGUCACUAUGAACUUUCUUCUUUACCUGAUGACAGAAGCCCAGGAACAACAGUGGAGUCUUUCAAAGAUUAUCAUGAUAUCCUUCCUUUGCCGAAGGAUGAGAAACCGAGAAAAACAGUGGAUCCUUCCAAACAGUCCUCUGAAUUCCAUUCUUUAUCUGGUAACAAAAGCCCAGGAACAAUAUUGAACUCGUUCACAGAAUCUUAUGAGAUUUCUCCUUUGUCCAGGGACAAGAGACCAGACAAAAUGUUGGACAGAGCCAAAGAGUCCUCUGAGCUUUCUUCUUCAUCCAGUGACAGAAACCCAAGUCUGAUAUUAGACUCUUCCAAAGAUGCCCCUGAGAUUCCUCUUUUAACCAGGGACAAGAAAGCAUGGAAAAUGCACACCUCUGCCAAAGAGUCCUCUGAGCUUUCUUCUUCAUCCAGUGACAGAAACCCAAGUGUGAUAUUAGACUCUUCCAAAGAUGCUCCUGAGAUUCCUCUUUUAACCAGGGACAAGAAAGCAUGGAAAAUGCACACCUCUGCCAAAGAGUCCUCUGAGCUUUCUUCUUCAUCCAGUGACAGAAACCCAAGUGUGAUAUUAGACUCUUCCAAAGAUGCUCCUGAGAUUCCUCUUUUAUCCAGCGACAAGAAAGCAUGGAAAAUGCACACCUCUGCCAAAGAAUCCUCUGAGCUUUCUUCUUCAUCCAGUGACAGAAAGCCAGGUGUGAUAUUAGACUCUUCCAAAGAUGCCCUGAGAUUCUCUUUUAUCCAGGACAAGAAAGCAUGGAAAAUCACACUCUGCCAAAGAUCCUCUGAGCUUUCUUCUUCAUCCAGUGACAGAAACCAGUGUGAUAUUAGACUCUUCCAAAGAUGCCCCUGA